AUGACCAUCACGAAUCGACAGCUGCUGUACGCCAACACGCCCACCCCGGCCAUCGACCCCUCCCCGACCUCCGGCACCUUCAAGAUCAACACCAUCACCCUCCCCGACGAUGUUCCGGACGACAAGCUCCUCCUCCGCAUCCACUACCUGGCUCUGGAGCCGGCGAUGCGGCAAUGGCUCACGGCCAAACGGUCGUACAUCGCGCCGGUCGAGCUGGGCGCCGUGAUGCGCGGACAGAGCAUCGCGCAGGUGAUCCGGGUGGGCAGCGGGCUGACGUCGCAGUACCAGGUGGGCGACUGGGUGGUGGCCUACUCGGGGUGGCAGGAGUACGCGGUGCUGGGGGCGAAGGAGGCGCAGAAGAUCGCGGUGCCGACGGGGUGUCGGCCGACGGACGCGAUGUCGGUGCUGGGGAUGACGGGACUGACGGCGUACUUCGGGAUGAUGGAGGUGGGCCAGCCCAAGGCGGGCGAUACGGUGGUGGUGUCCGGCGCGGCGGGCGCGACGGGCAUGGUGGCCGGCCAGAUCGCGAAGAUCCACGGCGCAAAGAGAGUCAUUGGCAUUGCUGGCAGCGCCGACAAGUGCGACUUCCUGCGCAACGAGCUGGGCUUCGACUACGCGAUCAACUACAAGGACGAGGACUGGAUGAAGCAGCUCAAGGACGCCACCCCCGAGUAUAUCGAUGUCUUCUUCGACAAUGUCGGCGGCGAGAUUCUCGACGCCUGUCUGGGUCGGGCCGCGCAGUUCUCGCGCUUCGUCAUCUGCGGUGCCAUCAGCCAGUAUAAUGUCGCGAAGCCGCAGGGUCCGUCCAAUAUCAUGCAGGUCAUUUCGCAACGAGUCAAGAUGCAGGGUUUCAUCGUGUUCGACUACGCGAAGCAGUAUCCGGAGGCAUUGAAGAAUCUGGGCCUGUGGUUGACCCAGGGCAAGAUCCAGCGGAAGGAGCACAUCGUGCAGGGAGGCCUGGAGGCCACGCCGCAGGGUCUGGUGGAUCUGUACGGGGGCGCGAACACGGGCAAGAUGAUGGUGGAGGUGGUACCUGUGAGUGAGGCGAUUGACGACAAGGCCAAGCUGUAG